CGUUGCGCCUUUUCCCUACCCUUCUCGCUGGCAUUACCCCCUAUUAUUUUCUUGGUUUCUGGCUCGGGCACUAGGUAUGCAGGAAGAGAACGAUGUUCUUGACUGGGAAGAGGACGAUGAACAACAAACACAAGUCCUCGCUGCUGAGGAUGAUGCCGAUGGUGUUUCUUUAGGGUCCGGUUCUGGCGACGAAAGUGAAGUUCAUACGGUGGCGGAGUCAGCAGAAGAGCUUAUAACUCUCCCUGUGGCUGUUUCUGGACAAGGAGAUACAAGUGGUGUAUUGCGACAAGCGACGGUUCCUCCACCAACUUCUGCGCAGGGUGACGGCUCGUCCAAACCUCAUUCUCGCUCCUCACUACAACGUCGGGAUCCAGAAAACAACGGUUUCUCUGACUCGACUGCUUCGCCAGCGGCAAAAGGCAGUCGGAAAAAGCCAAAAAGAACUCGUGAACACCCCACAUCCACGCUUCCGAAGGUUCAUGGCCUUCCACCGAAACCUGUGGCAUCAACUCUCGCGUUUUUGGCACCUUCUCAUCCUUCUCUGACCGAAGCCACGGCUAUGUCACAGUCGAAAGGUAAAACCAGCCUUCCUUCGGUUCCUUCCGGCAAUACUAGCUCGAGAGCCAUUGGUGACCAACGACCCCAUUCCUCAGGCUCAAACACUAAAUCCUCUUCGACAAAGUCUAAUUCAGGAGCCGAAGCUUCUCUUCCACCUGAUUGGCAGGUGCGCCAUUCGAGGAGUAAUGAUGCGGUGUAUUACUAUAAUACUCAAACCCACGAAUCCACUUGGGUGAAGCCGGUCCUCGAACGUUCAGAUACUAAUAGAGAAAGAUCCGCGUUAUCAUUUGAAGAUAGGCAUUACAGACCUGGCGCCUCUGACGAUACAGCUGGCAGCUCUAGACAUAGAUCUAUAGCUUUGGAGGCCGAGGUUUCGCCAUCUACUCGAAAGGAUAAUGGCCCCCCCGCCGGCGAUACCUGGUUCCGUCGUUCUAGUUUUCACAACGACGAAGAUGGGGACAGUGACGACUCUUACCACGGUCGUCCAGCGCGAAAUCGAAGAGGGCAUCGCUCUCUAUCUCCCACUUCGCCACACCAUUCAAAAGGUGUGGAUGUGGAUACUCAUGCAACGCGACGCCCAACCUCACAACGCCAGCAUGACCGUGUCUCGCGACUUGCCUUAGGUGAUAGGGAACAAGAUUUCGAUCACAUAAUCUCCGAGCAUGGACACAGAAAAUCUGGUGCUGAUGAUCUCCAGAUUCUUGAUUCUGACCGUCAUUGGGCUGCCAGUGACGAGAUACACUCACAUUCCAGGCAAGGGUACGAUCAUACUCCCGACAGUCAGAAACCAGCGACCAAAUCUUCACGAAGACACCGACCAGUUUCACCUCAAGGACUUUUGUCACAAGCGCAUGGAAAUCGCCAACACGAUCAUGCAGAAACAUCUUCCUACGAACCCUUUCGUGAGGGAAGGAAGAGAAAUAUUUACUCUUCUACUGCCUCGAGAAGUCGGGACACUGACUCACGGGAACAACGACAACCACAAAGCCUCUCAUCCACUAACAGGCACAGGUCACAGUCACCACCUCAUAUUCUGAUCACGACUACUGGAUUACCGCCGCCGCCACUCGCAGCGAGAAAUUCCGCAACGUUAACCUCGUCCGUAUCGGCAUCGACUUUGGGAAGACGGAACAAACCUUCUCGAUUUGCCCCUAAUAGUGCCGCGUCAGUACCGGAAGAUGUGGAUGACUGGGUUCCGGACGAGUUCAGAACAGAAGUAAUGAAUGACCUCCCUCAAGAUGCCGAAAAUUCAAGAAGAGAGAGAAGCAGCGAACCAGACCGAGAAAACAGAGAAAAAGAAUUCGACAUUGGAGAAGAACGUCGACACGCCGGGUCAAGACCAGAGAGGGGACGUUCCGCUUCACCUACCGCGCCACUAGCUUCUCCCGAUAUCCCAGCCUCCCGUCGCAAACGCCAACCUCUCCCCCCGCAAAGUAUGAGAUUCCGCGAAAUGACAUCUGGCAGCGACGGUAUACACCGAGAUCCUCCUUCGCACAGGGACCGCGGCGAUUCUUCCAAGCUCGGUCCUUCACUGAUUACACCAACAGCAACGUCAAUAAAUAUGCGAAUGGAUAUUGACACCACACCAUCUGCACCCAGGGCCUUCGAUACAUUGGAACCUCUUCCUCCAAGUGGACCUCGUGGACGAAGUAGAAGCCUAGACGGUGAUGGCAGCCAUGCUCGAGGUAGAGCACGACUAUGGCGAGAUAGGUCAAGAGGCAGGUCAAGAUCGUAUUCGAGGUCAAGAUCGCGAUCGAAGGAAAGAGAAAUAAUCCUACCAAGAGAAAGGGAACGAGAAAUAGAUCGCCUUAGGAGGGGAGAUUCGACGCUUGAGCUUCCGAGAGGGCCCAGGGCGAUGGAACACCAUCCUGUUGACUCGAGCUCUAACGACCUGCAAGGUAGACGUCCAUUGAUGGUGCAACCUCCUCAUCUUCCAGUGGCUCCGUUACCGCCUGUUGCUCCGGCUAGUCGUGGACGAGCUGGUAAAGGCCGUGGCCGUCGUGGUCGGGAACAAGUAUCCGUGACUGGGACAAACAAUAUCCCUGUGGGAACACGGGGGCCUAUUGAUACUCCUGCACCUGCACCGAGAUAUUCUUCGCAGUACGAUACCGUCCUGCCCUCCGUUCCACCCAGAGGCUUGACAGGCGGUAACGUUGUGCCGUUGAAGACUAUUAGGAACCGAGGGUACACGACUCAAGUGGACGAGGAUAUUGUCGAACCACUGAGAUCGUAUUCUCGUUCUCGUUCUCGGACACCUCCACGCAUGGCAAAGUCACCUGUGCGUCGCGAUGAACGAGAUGGGAUGGAGAUUGAUAGAGCUGGCCGACCGGCCAGAACACGACGAGAUAGUUUUCACAAGGGUCGGUAUGACGCUCCAUCUUUUACAUCUGGGUAUGAGGUACUACCACCGAUUGAGCGAACCGAGGCUACGUCUCGUUCGUGGGAUAACCAAAGUCCUGCACCUUUGUCGCCUCCCCGGUAUCGCCCACGCGAACGCGAAGAGAGAGCAGCCACUCCGCCACCUUCUUCUCGGGAAAACUCUCGCGUCUCCCCGCAUGACGGCCGAGACCGGAGGCGAGUUGAUCGACACAUCCGACGAAACGAGGAUUCCAUGGAGGAUAUUCGAGUUUCGCGCGAUACGGACAGGGACAGAGGAAGGGAGGAGCGUAAUGCGAUUGCUGAUAGCGGACAAGACAACAAACAGAAUGGGUACAAGAUGCAACAUCCAUUACCCAUGAAUCCCAUGCUCUUGCGGAUGGGACCUAGUUUACCUAUUCAGUCCUCAGGUCCGUCUACGUCUCCAUCGACAUCCUAUCCGAGGUAUCGUGAUCGGUCCCCGGCCCCGCUUCCCCUGAUUUCCUCAGGUAGCAGGGACGGACAUGCCCCGAGCUUCUUCAAGGAUCCCCCCGACUCUCCUCCAGUACCGAGGCAGUCUAAGCCUCCUGUGAAAAUCAGAAGACCACCACCGUUGACGCACGAAGCGCCUUCCUCUUCGAGUCAACGUGAGGAAACCCUUCCUCGACCUGCACCAAUGAUCAUGGACAAACCGGAUCAUUUAGAGCCGCGAAGACCGAGCCCUCGUCGUGGUGGGUCGUUAUUGGAUCGAUUAUCAGGGGGUGUUGGGAAUAGUCGAGAAGAAAACGUGAUGCCAUCGCUGAAAGAGCGAGUCUUAGUUCCCUCGAAGAGAGAUCGAGGGGAAUUGGAUGAGCCGAUGGGGCCAGAUCGUCAUGAAGAUUAUCAUGCUGGGAAUGAUAGAUGGGAGAGAGCCGAUGACGGAGGACGAGGGACUUCUAUCAUUUACGAAGGGGGAACCGGAAAGAGACGACGACCACGUGGUGGUGGAAGCAGAAAACCCAGAAGGUCGAAUAGAAUGCCUGCAUAACAUUCUUGUCGGCCUUAAGCCCUUGCUGUUUCCUUUGUUUCUUGCUCGACACGUACUUUAUUGUAGCAUUGGCAGUAUUCUUUUCAAUUCAAAGGGUUACAUAUAUUCACA